AUGAUAAGAGGUUCACGAGGUCGUAUUAUUCCCCAGCCAGAACUCUAUACGCCGUUCACACUACCCAAAGCUCGAUUUCCAUCGCCGAGCCGUUACUCGAUCGAUAACAGAGCCAAAUGUGUCCCGGUAGAUGAACGAUUCAAAAAUAAAAUCGUAGGCGACUGGAUCAUAUGCGGCGAAUAUCCGUUGGGCGAUCCCGCUUCAUGGACCUCAUAUCCGGACGAAAUUCAAUUGUUGAAUGAAAUACCGUACGAAUAUCCACCGAAAAUGUGCCGAAAGCCUUGCAAGCGUCCUCUCGCCGGAACUCCGAUGGAUGUUGACGACGAGGUUGACAAAAAUGAUGGUUUCGGACGUUACACCAACAUUAUCGAGGAUCCGCCUAGCCACAUUCCGAUAGCAUCAUUCAGGCGUCAACAGCAGGCUGAAAAUGCGCGGAAAGCUUUGGAACAGAGCCAGUCUACUACUUCGGCUCCGAGCGCAUCCGUUACUAGACAAGAAUUCAUGUCUACAGAUCGAAAAUUGGCCCUCCAGCAACUCAGAGCAAGAAAUCGCACUUUAUUGCUUCCGUCGUCUCAAAUUCCCGGAUCACAGUACCAGACGACUACAUCAGCAAUGUCUGUUUCGCACUUAGAGCUAGAGAACAUGCCACCAUCAAUGGUCAACAGCGGCAACAAAAUGAAUGAGAAUGACAUCAACAACUCCAACAUCACUGAGUUCAUCGGCGACUCCAAAAUUCUCACUUACUCAUCCUACGCCUUGUCCGCCUAUCCGGAGAUUCCCGAAGGUCUCGACAACAACGACCCGUACCUCUGUAUCUGA